AUGCAGGCCAAAACGGCUACAACCACUCGCGCCCGCAGCGCCGCGGGUGCCGGGCGUGCCCUCCGUGUCUGCGCCGCACGCGUGGUGACGGUACGCGCCGCGGCUGCCGCGCCCACCGGGGAGGCGCUGCGUGCGGCGGCGACUGCCAAGGCCCAGGCCGCCGUUGACGCCUAUGCGCGCGAGUCAGCGACAUGGACUGAGGUGACGUUCUCUCUGCGCCGCCGCGCCGACCUGGGUGACGCCUGGAAGCUGGUUGGCCCCGCCGCCGAGCUCGGCCGCUGGAUCCCUGACGUCGCGCGCCACAUGGCCUGGGCCGAGGGCGACCAGUGGAGCGUCGCGGUCAGGCUGCCGCCUGGGGAGCACGCGUUCAAGGCCGCGCUGCGCGCAGCAGACGGCACAACCACCUGGGAGGCCGGCCCAGACCGCGCCGUCGUCGUGCCCGCGGGCGGCGGCGCGCUGUCUGUGUCACUGGACGUGCGCAUGCCGUGGGAAGCGGCAACCGCCCCGGCCACGGAGCCUGCCACAGAGCCGGCAGCUGCGCCUACGACGCCCGCCGGCCAAGCCUACGAAUCGCAGACCAGCAGCGGCGACACCGGCCGCAUCGUCAUCGACAUGUACGCGUGA